AUGUACUAUCCCACCGAUAACACCAACACCUCUGACAACCUGGGUCAAAGCACCCCUUCCCGUCCCUUCAAUCCUGUUCUCUAUUACGAGAACCCUCACCUCAUUCCCAUCUUCAGCAACGAGACUGAGCUCGGUGGUGAACCACUGGACCGAGCUACCUCUGACCAGCCCUAUGGACCGGGCUACUUCACCAACCUGCUGAACGACAAUCAGCAAUUCGACCUGGAAUCUCCUUUCUCACUUCCCAUCAUGCAUCAUCUCCCUUCUGAGCGCCGUCCAUCUGAGUACCGUCCUUUCCUCGAGCCUCACCCUGUCGGUCCUACCAUCAUUCUUCCCUCGACGGACCAGCCUCUACCCACGACAGAGGAGGUUACCGGGAUGACUAUGAUGCCCCCAAUGCCUGCCACAAGUACCAUGCCUCCACCGUCGUUUAUGGCGGCUGCGCCGUCCAUGGUGGCCAUGUCCACCAUGACUCCAAUGACCAGCAUGCCUCCAGCGUGGACAAUGGGCCCGCCAAACCACAUCACCACUGGCCCACCACCAGCGCCUCUCUCCACAAAGCCUAACGUGAGAAAGCGCGCGGCGACUGGCAUGCCUGCUACCACUCACACACCUACCACAACCACCGGCCCAGCCAUGGCCAACGUGGUAGACCCGCACCACCCCAAGUCCGCGGGAGCCUACUACCCUCCCACCAAGCGCAUCAAGCGCGAGCCCAUCGACAACCCCCGCAAGCCGUCAUGGGCAAUCUCCUCCGAGCCCGACGAUGCGUCCAUCAUCUCCCUGCCCCGUCCUCCAAUGGAGAAGGGGAUCAACCCACCGCCUCCUCCUCCAGCGGAAACGCAGAACCAGCCCACCGGGGGCCGCGCAAACAGCGACCCCAGCAGUAGUAGUAGCAGUAGCAGCUACUCCUCCCCCAGCGAGGUCGCCGCGGCACCCCGGCAGCCCUCCCUUAUGCAGAACCCGCCAGCACCCAUCAUCCCAGUCCCGCUGGAACCCUUCCCCGAAGCGGGGACCAUUAUGAACUUCCCGCUUCCUCAGAUCGACCACCAAGGGCAGCGGCCUGCAGCGGCGGAUGGUUACUUCUCCUCUCUCGAGGACGACCUCCUGUACCAGACGCAGGAGCCGUACGAGAUUGAGAUGGCGUACCGUGCCACCCUGCGGGUCCGCGAGCGGGUGGACUGGGACUGCAGGCGGUUAGGGCUGAGGCUGCGGUAUCUGCGUCGGUGUCAGGCGAGAAUGGCGGAGUGCCAUCGGGCUGCGCGGGAGUGUGAGUGGCAGCGGAGUGACUUUUGUGAGCAGGCUGAUGGCUGA